GAGGGUCUUCCCCGGCUGUCUAAUUUGUUCAAGUGGGCUUGCCGUACAGCUCUUCCGCUUUCGGCUGCGGAACCAAACGCGAUUCGCCAAAUAAAGCUUAGUAAAUUAGAACUGAACGCACUGAAGCCUCGACACGGAACGUCUCAGCACGGUUUUACUCAAGUUAAAACAUCUUUACAUCAGUGAUGACGUUUGCUUCGUUGCACGUUGAAGUAUUUCAACGUUGCCCGGUUUAGCUCGCUAGCCGCUAACAAAGAGCCGCGUUUGUUCGCGAAGACGAGUGAGUGAGAAUUCAGAUGAUCGCCUGGAAAUGUGUGCGCAGAGAGUGAAAGAAGACUACGAGGAGGGACUUUCUGGAACAAAAGUGCAACAACAUCAACUGGACGCCGUUUUCGAGAAACGACAAGAUGAAGAACACACAGCAGAUGUCAGUGAAAAGCAUGCUCGUCCUGAGCAUCACAAGCCGGGGUCCUCGGACCUUAAAGAGGAGCAGGAGGAGUCCGAGCACCCCCGGAUUAAAGAGGAGGAGCAGGAGGCCGAUGUCACCCAGUUGCCGCUGACCUUUGUCCCUUUGAAGAGUGAAGAGGACGAAGACAAAGCUCAUUUGGAGGAAAUCGGAGGGGCGCGACCUCAGGACAGCAGCUCAAGGCAGCGCAUGACAAAAGAAGGUGACGGAGGCCAAUGUGGACAAUCGCAAGAAGACAGCCUCUUCGCUCCGCUAUCAGAUUGCGAUGACAUCACGUCACACUCUUCCGAGGAUGACGACGACGACGACAAGCUCACUAGCGGUGAUACCAAACGCUGGAAAUGUUCCCAGUGUGACAGAACUUUUAUUUACAAGUCUGUUUUGAAAAUUCACACGAUGAUCCACAGUGGAGAGAAACCUUUUGCCUGUUCACAUUGCGGUAAGAGAUUCUCUCGUAAAGAAAAUAUGACGACGCACUCAAGAAUACAUACCGGAGAGAAACCUUUUGCCUGUUCAGUUUGCGGUCAAAGAUUUUCUCGUAGACAAACGAUGACGACACACACGAGAAUACACACUGGAGAGAAACCUUUUGCCUGCUUAGUUUGCGGUAAAGGAUUCACGGAGAAGAGAUAUUUGAAAACACACAAAAGAACACACACUGGAGAGAAACCUUUCCAAUGUUCAGUUUGUGGAAAAAGCUUUUUUGUGAAGAAAAGUCUCAUUAGUCACACAAUAACACACACCGGGGAGAAACCUUUUGAAUGUCAAAUAUGCUGUAAAAGAUUUACCCAGAAGUGCUAUUUAAAGGUACACGUAAGAGCGCACUCGGGGGAAAAACCUUUUUCCUGCUCAAUUUGUGGUAAAAGAUUCUCUCUCAAGGGAGAUUUAAGAAAACACACGAGAACUCACACCGGACACAAACCUUAUGACUGCUCAUUUUGUGGGAGAAGCUUCUCUGAAAAGGGACAUUUGAUGCUGCACACAAGAACCCACACUGGAGAAAAACCUUUUGAUUGUUCAGCUUGCGGCAAAAGAUUCUCCGAAAAGAGAAAUUUAAGAUUACACAUGACAACUCACACUGGAGAGAAACCGAUCGCCUGCUUACUUUGCGGGAAAAGAUUUUCUCACAAGGGACAUUUGAAAAGACACAUGAGAACGCACACAGGAGAGAAACCUUUCGUCUGCUCAGUUUGUGGUAAGAGUUUUUCUGAUAAGGGGAAUUUAAAAAGACACACAAGAACCCACGCUGAAGAGAAACCUUCAGCUUGACCAGCUUGUUUGUGGUAAAAGAUUCUCUUACUUAGCAGGGACAUUUUGGAGCACACAAGAAGAAAAGAACAAUCUUUUCAUUCUCAACUUGUUGGAAAAGAUUCUCUCAGAGACAAAGACAAAACACUCGGGAACACAAACUGGAGAGAAGAACCCACCCAGUUGGAGUGCUUGUGGGAAAAAGAUUUUCUGGGAAGGAACACGCAAGCGUCUCUUAUGCGUUCAUCCUUCAGUCGGAAAACAACUGCAUGUGCCAAACCCGACAAGUGUAAACACAUCAGUUUAUGUUUCCAUUUAUCAUUUCAAACUUUUUAACGCGUUUUAGUUUCCCUUUUUAGACCGCUCGUUCGAGUCAACGAACGAUCUUUAUUUUGGUCAGUAGGUGGCAGUAAAAGACCGCAGUUCAGCCUGGGUCCCUUGCCGCAUGUCUUGCCCGGCGCAUGCGCGCGGCCAUUUCCGCAUUCCUGAGACGCGAUCUCGGAUCGACGUGUCCCUGUAUUUUUUGUAAUAUGAUAACCCACUGAUUGUAUGUCACUCCAAUUCUAUGUUUUUAUGAAUGAAUAUUAAAAGAAAUACUAGCUCUGCCAUGAAAGAUUG